AUGCUAGACCAUGGUAUCGAUCCACGUGAACGCAUGAGUCUAAACUACAUAGUACAGUGGUUAACACAAGCGUGGCGAACAAAGGUCAGUAAUAAGACUAUUCAGAACUGCUAUAUCAAGAGUACUGUUGUUCCCGGGUGCCGACCAUCUAAUCAAGAUCUGACUGAUCACGAUCAGAUAGAAAGUAACCCACUGGAUCCUGAAUUAAAGCCUCUUUAUAAUCAGGUUGUUGAAAAGCUUGCAUUUCAACCAGAUGCGGAUGAAAUAUUACCAUUUAAUGAGUUUCUCAGCCCAUCAGAUGAAAAUAUUGAUACCGUAGAGCCAGAAUUAGAACAUAUUAUGUUUGACUUCAGUGGUGAGGAUAUCGACGAUGAUCUACCUGAUCCUGACGAGGAAUAUAUAUUUGGGCCAAGACCAGAGAUUCCUUCUGAUGCGGUAAUUCUACGACAUCUAUCAGAUCUAUCACUAUGGGCUGCUCAUAGAGAGGGAUGCACAGAGGAGAAUAUGUCAUCAAUUGAGGCUUUAACCAAAGCUUUCAAGAAGCUUGAGGUAGAUGGGAAGAGACAGAAGACAUUGAUGGAGAUGGGAUUUAAACCCAAAUAG